GAAAUUCAAUUUUGAAGCUGCAAAGAAUAUAAAGGAAGCCCUAAUUGUGCUGCGUCCCCCCUUUUCUUUUCUCUCUCUCCUCGACUCCUCGUUCUCUCUCCUCAACCUGUGCCCUUCGAGUUUUCUACGUACCAGUGAUUUGGGCUUUUGUGGUUGUGGUGUGACUUGGAGGAAGGAUGGUUUGCGAAAAGCCGAUAGAGCAAUCUAAUGGAGUGGAUUCCGGUUUGAUUCUGUCAAAACCAGCAGAAAACGCUACAGUUGCAUCUGAAAAUGGGAUCACAUCUGAUUCUACCUCAUCGAACCAGUAUGCUGCCUCCAGCAUCAAAGGCGAGACUGGUCAAGAGUCAGUUGCAGGGCAAGAUAUGUUUAAUCCACCUGCAAGCUAUUACAAUUAUUAUUAUCCAGGCUACAGUGGGUCUUUUGGUCAAUCAGAUGAUGGCAGGGAUCAUUCAUCUAUGGGUGUACAAACAAAUCACGGUUCAAUAGCUUAUUAUAUGCCUGGCUAUAAUCCUUAUGGUGCUGGAACUUUUGUUGGUGCUGAUGGGCAUUGUGUUAGUCAGCCAUAUUAUACUCCAGUUACCUAUGGGGCUGAAGCGCUUCCUUGUUAUGCUUGGGAUUAUAAUUAUGGUGGAGAUCCCUCAACUGGAUCAAAUGCUGCCUCUGCGAAUGUCAAAUCUAAUCCUUCUCCCGCUACUGUGGUGAGGUCAAACGGCAUCAAACCUUCAAAAUUAUAUAGUUCCAUGAGCAAGCUCUCCUCAAUGUCUUCAAACGCUAAAUCACGUGCUUCUGUUGGUGCACCUAAUGUUCCUCAACCCAAGUUUGAUGCUCAACCAAACAAGUCAUUGAAUAAGUCAGGUUCCUAUUUACCGUCAGCUGGGUUUACAAACGUUUACCAUCCAAGCGGGAACUUCCAGUCUUUGUCUUUCCCCAAGCGAGGUAUGUUUGGAAAUGCUGGUCCAAUGGGCUACAGACCAACUGCAAGGAUGUGGAAUGGAAAUGACAAAUUUAGAUCCAAUAGGAAAAGUGAGUUUGAGAUGUCAGCUGAGCUUACAUGUGGUCCUCGAGCCAACAAGAGCAGUUCAGAUUCAUCUGAAAAGGAAUCAUUAGGUUCAGCUGUUCAGAGAGAAGAAUAUAAUUUGGCAGAUUUCCCGACGGAGUAUAAAGCUGCAAAGUUUUACGUAAUUAAAUCAUAUAGUGAAGAUGAUGUUCACAAAUGUAUCAAGUAUGCUGUUUGGUCAAGUACUGCAAAUGGGAAUAAGAAGCUAGAUGCAGCAUUUCAUGACGCAGAAGUGAAAUCCAAUGAGAUGGGCAUCAAGUGUCCAGUAUUCCUUUUCUUCUCAGUCAAUGGAAGUGGUCAAUUCGUUGGAGUGGCGGAGAUGCUAGGCAAAGUGGAUUUUAAUAAGAACAUGGACUUUUGGCAGCUUGACAAGUGGAGUGGCUUCUUCCCAGUAAAGUGGCAUAUUGUGAAAGAUAUUCCUAAUUCCCAACUGAGACAUAUCCUUCUUGAAAACAAUGAUAAUAGGCCUGUGACCUACACUCGGGAUACCCAAGAGAUUGGGCUAAAGCAAGGAUUAGAAAUGCUGAAGAUAUUUAAGAAUUAUUUGGCAAAGUCGUCACUUGUAGAUGACUUGGGAUUCUAUGAAACCCGAGAAAAGUCAGUGGACAUAAAAAGAAGCAGCAAAUCUGUCCCCCAUCAGACUCAGCUAUUUGGGAAUGCGGAUUCAGUAAAGCAGUUGGAUACUGAAGCCAAAGGUGGAGAAGAACUGAAAAGGACUCAAGCGACCUCUGUUCCAGCUCUUGUUAACCUCACCAAUAACCUCUCCAUCAGUUCCGAUCCGAAAGUAGUAUUGUAGUAAAUUUAUUUUACUUUUCUGUGUUCAAUAUUUUCAAUUGAUUAGUGUCUGAGAGUAGGUUUGCUUACCUUUUCACUUCAUCGGUUGCUUUCUUCUCAGCAUUUGUUGAGUUUAUUGAUAGUUUUCCCUCUUCUUUUUGAUAAAUCCAGUUAUAUUCUGAACACACUUUUCUUUGAUACGUUUUUUAAGCCUUUGCUUUCUUAGUUUUGGUUACCUCUAGAUUUCUUUGAUACUUAUGUAGCCAUGUGGGUUUUUCUAUGUCAAUUGUACUGGUUGAAUCUGGCUUUA